UCCACAUUCACUGCUAAAUCAACAUCACAUCUCCAUGUUUUUACUUUUCUUGCUGUCCUAGGUGACUGUUCAGCAGCCUGUGGAACUGAUGGAGUACACUGUCUGACAUGUAGAGUUGUGUGUACGGAAGUGGUCAGCAGGUUGGAGGUUGGAGGUCAGAGGUCAGAGGGUAAAGGCUAUCCCUCUCUCCACUGAGAAUACACACAGCCAUCUUGGAUCUAACGUAGAGAAGGAAAUUGAUGCGGUGACAAAAGGCAUGUUUGGUGCUAGAAAGAAAUUUGUAGAGUUCGUCGAGGUAGUCGACAACGACUUCACUGAUGACAGCAUGUACUACAGCCAGCCGUCGAUGUUCCCACAUCGGUCGGACAAAGAUUCCUCAAAUGUUUUCCUUCAGAUGCUGUCCUCUCCCUCGCCGUCGUCGUCGGGUCAGCUCUCGCAGCUUGGUGCAAGUUUGUACGGUCCACAAAGUGCACUCGGCUUCUCGGUAAGAGGCAUGGGGAACAGUACGCCUCAGUUAAAUCGAAAUCUAACGCAAGGCACACAGCUACCAAGUCAUAUCACCCCUACGACGGGGGUCCCCACCAUGUCCCUCCAUACCCCUCCAUCACCAAGCAGGGGGACAUUGCCAAUGAAUACAAGAAACAUGCUGAACCACUCUCAGGUCGGUCAAGGCAUCGGGAUGAGCGGCAGGACCAAUAGUAUGGGCAGCUCGGGGCUGGGCAGCCCCAACCGCAGCUCGCCCAGUAUCAUCUGUAUGCCCAAACAGCAGCCAGCACGCCAGCCCUUCACCAUAAACAGCAUGUCAGGGUUUGGUAUGAACCGCAAUCAGGCUUUUGGGAUGAACAACUCAUUAUCAAGCAACAUCUUCAAUGGCACAGAUGGGAGUGAAAAUGUAACGGGACUGGAUCUGUCAGACUUCCCUGCGUUAGCAGACAGAAGUCGGAGAGAAGGGACUGGAAACCCAACACCGGUGCUCAACCCACUGGCUGGACGGGCUCCUUAUGUUGGCAUGGUGACGAAGCCAUCAACUGAACAGACACAGGAUUUCUCCAUCCACAACGAGGACUUCCCUGCACUGCCCGGCCCAAACUAUAAGGACCCCACGUUGAACAACGAUGACAGCAAAACUAACUUGAACUCCACAAGCAAGAGCACAUCCAAUGCAGAUGGGCCCAAGUUCCCCGGAGACAAGACGACCUCAGCACAGAACAACAACCAGAAGAAAGGGAUCCAGGUGUUGCCCGAUGGUCGGGUGACGAACAUUCCAUUGGGAAUGGUGACAGACCAAUUUGGCAUGAUUGGCCUGCUGACGUUUAUCCGGGCGGCAGAGACUGAUCCGGGGAUGGUCCAUCUGGCGCUAGGAAGUGACCUCACGACACUGGGACUCAACUUAAACUCACCAGAAAACUUGUACCCCAAGUUCGCCUCUCCUUGGGCCUCGUCGCCAUGUCGACCUCAAGACAUCGACUUCCACGUUCCGUCUGAAUACUUAACCAACAUCCACAUAAGGGACAAGCUGGCUGCAAUUAAACUGGCGCGAUACGGUGAAGACCUGUUGUUCUACCUGUACUACAUGAACGGAGGAGAUCUGCUACAGCUCCUGGCAGCAGUAGAGCUCUUCAACCGGGACUGGAGGUACCACAAAGAGGAGCGGGUUUGGAUAACAAGGGCGCCGGGCAUGGAGCCUACACUGAAGACCAACACCUACGAGAGGGGAACCUACUACUUUUUCGAUUGUCUUAACUGGAGGAAAGUAGCCAAGGAAUUUCAUCUGGAGUACGACAAGCUGGAAGAGAGGCCUCACGUGCCAACAACAUUCAACUACAACCCAGCCCAGCAGGCCUUCUAAGGCCCGACCAGUCCAAAGGGCCGCAGCGGUUCCUGCACACGACACCGUUGUCCAGGAGGGGCGCCGCGGUUCACACAGCUCGGUUUUUAUUCCUCCAGGAUUUGGCUAACUGACUGCGGGGGUGUCGUCGCCACCAUCAAAACUGCCCUGCCUUUCCAAAAUUACAUGCUGCCCAAAACACCAACACUUGUUCUGUUUUUAUUCUUUAUGUUCCUCCUGUUUUUUUUUUUUGUCUUGUUUUGAGCAGGGUCUGUGUUAUGUUUACGUCUCUGAAUCUGAAGCCUGUUUUCUUUUAGAGAGGAGGACUGACGUUGUGGCGCAGGACAGUGACAGAACAAGGUUUACGCCUCGCCGAGUGUUAAGAACAGAAAAAAAGGCGAGGAAAGUUAACAUCCUCAGACGAAAAUGAAAGGGUGAAAGAAAUGCAAUGUUUAUUGUUGCACUAUAUUUAGUAAUAAAAGAACACAAAAUUUGUUUGUGAUUUUUUUAUCUGAACACUCCCUGAUGUUUUUUUUCCUUUUCCGUAUUUUGUUUCGGGGAGGGGAGUGGGGGGGGUUCAUGUAACUUUCCCACAUGCAUCCCUUUUCUUCUCAUCCUUUUUUUCCUGCUUUCCAUUUCCAUUGAUUCCAACCUCUGAAUUUGCACCACCAAACUGUUUCCUGUCUCAUACUCCGUUUGUCCCUCUGUCCGUCUCUCUCUGGGAGUUCUGUGCCAGUUCAACAUGGACACAAAUCUGGGAGACUACUUUGGUUUCCACAAAUGUGGACAAAUCCUCGCAGAGGCUAAACGGCUACACGACUUUGCUCCAGAGCAAACAAAACACGUUCCAGUCUUUGUUACAAUUUUGUAAGAAAUGUGUAAAUUUUUUGUUUCUUUGCAUCACAUAAAUUAGUAUAUGUAUGUACGAAUGUGUAUAUAUGAUUGCUAUAUAUAUAUAUAUAUAUAUAUAUGUAUAUAUAUAUAUAUGACAUCUAUUUUGGAAGAAAUUUUGCCCUGCCUUUUACCUCGUUUUUAUGAGGUGAGCAUGGAUGCAAUAUGUGGACGCAACAGGACAUUUCUGGAUCUGCUGGACAGGGUGUCACAUGGCACUGCGGGCACUUACAUCAAAAUAAUACAAAAUUAAAAUGUCAUCUAAGGAAAGGCCUGAUUUUCAGCCACAAAC